AUGCAUGCCAUUCCGUCCCCCUCCCCAAGUCCGGCCCCAUCGAGCCUGGACAGCUUGGCUGGCGCCGAUUUCACGACCGCGCCCUCUUCUGCCGCGGAACAGACGAACGAGCCUGUCGCCGUGAUAUCGAAGAAAAAGAAGAAGAAGAAGAGCAAGAAAUCAAGUGCGAAGACCUUGGUUGUACGGGAUGUGGCAUCAGACUCUGAAGAAAUGUCUGAAUUGCCCCCUUGCCUGUUGAGUCGCAAUAAGCACAUGCGGUACAUAUCGUCCUACCAAGGAUCUUGGUUGCAUCUUCCAGUGGAGCUUUUGGACUCGUUUCUAACGCUCAACCUCGAACCCCUCCCUUUGUAUGUCCCAGAGCAGCCUAUGUCGACGUCCACUCGAAAGGCUUUCAUUUCGGGCCUCAAUGGGAAGCAGCGUGCCUUUGAACGCACUGGAACCCCUUCAAGUGAUCAUACUCCGCCUGACAGUCCGCCGGUCUUCUCAGUGACUGUACCUCUUGUGGAAGCUCUCUCCGAAGAUCUCCCACCUCCUAUAGAUCCUGGCGUCUUCCGUUCUGUCAUCAGCAUACGGCGUCUAGUUGAAGAGGCAACGUCGCUCACUGUGCGCGCCAAUUCAGGCCUCUCCGCAGCUGCUUUGGGAUCAAUGCAAAUGACGCCUCAUGCAAAUGCGAGCCCUUGGGCUCUGGCGCAAUCUCUUGGGAUCAACCCGUUAGGUGACCCAAACCCUGGAAAUGGACGCAGGUCCCCCAUGUCUGCAACUAGGAUACAUCGCCUCCGAGCGCUCGCUGUGCAGAAACUCGCGGCCGCUUACCGACACGACGAGAUCGCGGCGUCUGUGAUGACCAUGCAAAGCGGCAGCGUCUUCGACGAUCUUGCAGAUCGCGUUCUCAAACUUGAUCCCCAUCACUCGGACGCGUUGUAUGUCAAACACUUUCACGAGAAGAUUCCAUCUCGUCAGGUUGCAGAGUUCACUACGACUGAUGCUCUUGAUGGUCUCAUUGCCAAUCAUCCUCACUGCUUGGAGUACUAUCGUUCACGAGGCAUCGUGUACACUUUCCGCGAAGAGUACACCUCCGCGAUACGCGAUUUUACCCACGUGCUCAACCAAGAGCGAUCUGCCCGCAAAGCGCGAGCGGCGCAUGCCGCUAGUGCACCUGCUGGUAAAGGUAGCAAGAAGAAGAAAGGCUCGGCACAGCACGAUGUGGAUGUUUCGUCACAACACCCGACAAAACACGAAGACGCACCGGCUCCCGUCGAGUUACAAGCGUUGUUUCUUCGUGGAUCGACGUAUAUUCAGUAUGCUGCCACGCUGAUUGAGACCAAGGCGCUGGAGCUUGAGGAUGUGGAAAAGUGUUUCCUCCCAAAUGGCCAAGAUCUUCGCCUCACUGCACCGCUUUACGGUGCGCGGUUCGGAGGCAUCGAGGCCGGGCAUCCUGACGGCCCCCUUGGCGCCCGCGAUGGCGCCAAGGCAGUGGCUUAUCGCGAUGCCUUCGCAAGCCCACAACUCCGUCAACAAGUCUUCACACAGUCGCGCAAGUCCAUACGCGAUGCCGAACGGUUCCUCACGCACUUUGGGGCUCUCGACCCACCCGGUCCAGGCAGCGGGAUGGCGUCUCUUGAAGAAAUCCCUAACAGAAUUGCUUACUCCUACGCUCUCUCAGCGGCGCUUCGUCCCGGUGUACGGUCAAAUUUGCCGACCCCGCCCGCAGAUCUUCCACGACCUGCCAUCCCUCCUCCUUACCAUCCACUACUUGUCGAGGCUCACUUCAUUAUACUGCUUGGUUAUCUGCUACUCGGAGACUUCACCGCUUUGCUUCAUGGGCUGAUACGUGCGGCCCGCGUCAUCGAGGUUCUUGAAGGCAGCCCUAUCUUCCUCCCACCGCGUUCUCUGGCUCAGGCUGAGGUCAUAGAGAUACUUGAACGGCUAGCGGGCUGUUGGGGCAACGGUACUAAGCCGUCUUCCCAGGCCAUGACGGGCAAUGGAAAGGGCGCUGCUCCAACAACGCCCACGCCACCAGUUGACGAUGUUCAAGCAUCUUCGUCUUCAUCCGCCCCUUUCGCAGCUUCAAGCUCAGCUUCGUCAUCGACGCACGUCGCAACCUCGCAUCCCCAGGAAAUCUCUCUGCCCGUGGUGCCGUCAGAUGCUUUAGAACCGUACGGAUCGCGUGACGAGCGUAACGCUCAGCUUGAUGCCGCUCGGAUGUUGCUUGCCGCUGUCAAGACACGCCAGAACGGGCAAGCUCCCGCCCCACAAUUAUCCAUCCCCCUUUACGGUCCUCGUGUCGAGAUUACUCUUGCUUGGCUUGGUGCUGUAUGGAUACCCGCCUUGGAUUGA